UGGGAGUCAGCCCCUUGCAUGGCCAAGGACAUAAUCCCAGGCACCUUCCCCUCCUCUCUCCGGUCUCUGUGCUCCUCCCUAAGCCCAGUGCUCUGUGCUACCCCCAACCCAGCACUCUGCUGCCCCAGCACUCUGCGCUACCCCAACCCCAGCACUCUGCUCUACCCCCAACCCAGCACUCUGCUGCCCCGGCACUCUGCGCUACCCCAACCCCAAUGCUCUGUGCUGCCCCAGCACUCUGCGCUACCCCAACCCCGGCACUCUGUGCUACCCCCAACCCAGCACUCUGCGCUACCCCAACCCCAGCAUUCUGCGCUACCCCAACCCAGCACUCUGCUGCCCCGGCACUCUGCGCUACCCCAACCCCAGCACUCUGCUCUACCCCCAACCCAGCACUCUGCUGCCCCGGCACUCUGCACUACCCCAACCCCAAUGGUCUGUGCUGCCCCGGCACUCUGUGCUACCCCUAACCCCAAUGGUCUGUGCUGCCCCGGCACUCUGCGCUACCCCAACCCCAGCACUCUGCUCUACCCCCAACCCAGCACUCUGCUGCCCCGGCACUCUGCACUACCCCUAACCCCAAUGGUCUGUGCUGCCCCGGCACUCUGCGCUACCCCAACCCCAGCACUCUGCGCUACCCCCAACCCAGCACUCUGCUGCCCCGGCACUCUGCGCUACCCCAACCCCAGCACUCUGCUCUACCCCCAACCCAGCACUCUGCUGCCCCGGCACUCUGCGCUACCCCAACCCCAGCACUCUGCUCUACCCCCAACCCAGCACUCUGCUGCCCCGGCACUCUGCGCUACCCCUAACCCCAAUGGUCUGUGCUGCCCCGGCACUCUGCGCUACCCCAACCCCAGCACUCUGCUCUACCCCCAACCCAGCACUCUGCUGCCCCGGCACUCUGCACUACCCCUAACCCCAAUGCACUCUGCUGCCCCGGCACUCUGUGCUACCCCUAACCCCAAUGGUCUGUGCUGCCCCGGCACUCUGCGCUACCCCAACCCCAGCACUCUGCUCUACCCCAACCCAGCACUCUGCUGCCCCGGCACUCUGCACUACCCCAACCCCAAUGGUCUGUGCUGCCCCGGCACUCUGCACUACCCCUAA